AGGAUGAAACCGGAGUUUACAAGAAUUUACUUCAGGAGACAGCUCACAGAGCUGGGUUAAAUCUUCCUGCCUAUACAACUGUUAGAGCUGGACCUGGUCGUGUACCUGUUUUCUCAUGCACGGUUGAGCUCGCAGGACUCAGCUUUUCAGGGGAACCUGCUAAGACCAAGAGACAGGCUCAGAAAAAUGCAGCCAUGGCUGCUUGGUCUGUCCUGAAACAAUUGGCACGGCGCAGCUCAUCUUCUUCAACUUCGCCUUCCAUUCCUUCCUCGGAGUCUGAAGGCUGUGAGGAACAGGAACAAGUUGUUAUUGCUCGUGUUCUUGCUCGUUUACAACCACUGGAAUCCAAUAACUCUAAACAAAACUACCAACAGAGAUCUAUUCGUACAUGCAGGCAACCAAAUCCAGCAGGAUCAAGCUUAUACCCUGAAUGUUGUGCUUACACAAGUUUCCCCUCUGAAAGGACAAUGUAUCCAUUAUGGCAACAAGCACAGUUGUUACAACUGCAAAAUCACCUGCUAUCAUUGCCAAAUCCAUCAGGUGCUCUACUCAAUCCUCAUGUUCUUCCGUUUAUGCAGCCUAUUUUCCAGCCCAACUACCUAUAUUUUGUGGCAAGGGAGCAAGAGUUUAAUCCUUUGGGACCUGGAGCUACAAUUGCUUCCCCAACUAGGUCCAUGGUGACCCUUCAGGAGAUACAUGAGGAGAAAACAGAAGGGUCAUCUUGUCCAUCUGAAGUUCUUGAUUCCCCUAUUCUUGGUGAUUGUAAGAUGGAAUCCAUAAUCCAGGAACCAGAUUGGGAGGAUGAACAGAAAGGUGGUGGGUUAGGAGCCAAAAUUGGAGAUUCUGGUGAACUAGAUAGGAACCUAACAGGACACUUUGAAUGGGUGGCUCCUAAGAGCACGGAGUCUAGAUUUCACCCUGUUGAGUUCCAACCAGUAAACCCAUAUGGUUGUCACUCUCGUCAAUCUAUCCCUAGACCCCAUCAUUCUCCAAGCCCAAGUUGUCAAAGAAUUUCUGAAUCACCUUCAUCUGCACCAGCUCCUUUGAGGCUCAGAACUACAGGCUCUCCCAGACAUUGUAUGCCAACUAUACCGACAAUGAAAACUGGAAUUCCUCCAUAUUCUGCUACGCCAAGUAUUGUAUCCAGAGGCCCUUCUCCUUUUAUGGCUCCCGCUGUUCAAAUCAGAUCAGUUGUACCAGUCUGUUCUGCUCCACCUGCAACAAAGAUGUCAAGUUCCGGCCAGGAUGUAUAAUCAUCCAAUUUGGUCACUGAAAAAACCGAACAACAAGACCUGCCAGUAGCAAGUUCAGAACUUAGCUGGCUUCAAAUCGGAGCUGCACAUCAAUAUUGAGUAAUGCAGCCUCUUGAUUUAUACUUGUGUUUUCCCUUGUUGCAUUUGAAUAGUUUUUGUUUUGAAAUUAUCGCUUAAGAGCUGCCGAUAGUUCAGAAUAAUUACCAUAGCAUGUUCCUCAAUAUAUUUUGGAAAUAGAGAAAUGUAGAAUACUAUUUAUGGUCAAAAAAAUAAUACAGCAAAUAAUUGAA